AUGGAGGCGUUCGCCCUGCCCCCCUCACCCCCAUGUCUGAUGCACUGUGAGGAGAAUGUUCGCCAGUCCCAUUUUGCUCCAGGGCUGUUACGAAGACCAGGACUGUCUGUGUUAAAGCACAGAGAGGGCAGAGCAGAUCUCUCCAACGCUCAGUAUUUGAGGGCAGUGAGUUUGGAACGUUCCCACAGCCGGGUCACAGCUGCUGGCCAGAGUCCCAGGAGCCUGGCUGGUAAACAUGAGAGCCUGGAGCCGCUGGUGUCCCACUGUGGUCAUGUCUGUCCCCACUGGCAAGCAGUGAAAGAGCUGGGCCUGGAGGGGAAAGUGACCCACAAGCAGGUCAGUAAGAAGUGGGAGAACCUGAAGAAGCGCUACAAGGGACCCAAAGACUGGCUCAGGCACAGAUAG